ACUCACUAACCCCGCCCUCCCGGGAGCAGCGACCUGGUUAUCCCACUGACAAAGGUGGCUUAUUUUCCGUCACGCCAUUUUCCUUCGACGACCGAGAGGAACAAACCAGCGAGGGAAGCGCGUCCUGUCUCAACUGUGAUUGUAUAAGAAAAAAGGAUCCGUCAUGCAUCGUGACUGUCCGCUUGACUGCAAGGUCUAUGUUGGAAAUCUGGGCAACAAUGGGAACAAAACAGAGCUGGAGAGGUCGUUUGGCUACUAUGGUCCUCUGCGAAGUGUCUGGGUGGCCAGAAACCCUCCUGGCUUUGCCUUUGUAGAGUUUGAAGAUCCAAGAGAUGCAACUGAUGCAGUGCGUGAGCUCGAUGGACGGAAUUUGUGUGGUUGCCGGGUAAGAGUAGAGCUGUCAAACGGUGAGAAACGCAGCCGAACCAGAGGCGCUCCCCCUUCGUGGAGCAGACGUCCUCGAGGAGACCGAGAUGACUACAGGCGGCGGAGCCCUCCAGCAAGGCGAAGAUCCCCACGCAGGAGGAGCUUCAGCCGCAGUCGCAGCAGGUCUUUCUCCAGAGACAGGAGGAGGGAGAGGUCCUUGUCCCGGGACAGGAACCAUAAACCUUCAAGGUCUUUUUCACGAUCAAGGAGCCGCUCCAGGUCUGCAGACAGGAAGUAGAGCAGCGUCUGUCAGGAGUAAAGGGAGCUGAGAUGAACGGUUUUACAUGCAUGGCCGUUUCAUGUGAUGGAUUUAAACGUGACCAAUGUGGUCAUUUUUGUGUUGAGUUUUUUUUUUUAAAAACAAUCAAGCAUUUUAGUGUCCCCCCCCCCCCCCCCCCCUCUUGUUUAUAGAACAUUUUCAAACACAUCAAGUGGGUGUGUACAGGUGUGAAGUCACAUCCAUCUCGUCUGUCCUGAAACAGUGGUGCCACCCAGCAUUCCAGUUCACCAGUUAAUCUCGAAAGAGGGUUUUUGUUUUGUCAAUGAAUGUACCGUGUAGUUUCACUUAGUGUUAGUACCUCGUUUUUUUUCCAUUGUGUAAACGCCAGCAAAUUUUUUAAAUUUUCUUUUUAAAGGGUUGGGAUGAUUUACAACAAGUCCCUCCUAUUUGAUUGUCUAUAAAUCCAACCGUUUUUCAAUGUGCUACUUUCUUACUUCAUACUGAAGGUUUCUGUCAGUUUGUUGGUUGGUUGUGAUAAAUGCACCCCUAAUUCAAGAUGCAAAACUUUAAUGAGCAUUGAGUUAAAAGAAGGUGUAGUGAACACAAAUGUUAUUUUUGUCUUUGAAGUUUUUCUUUUUUUUUUUUCUUUGUUUGAUACUCUGUAAAAUGGUCUCUAUUAAAAUACUGGUUGAUCAAGACAAGACCCAUGUUUCUUUUUAUAUAUAUGUAAGGUAGUGGUAGUACACUUUUUUUUUAAUCUAACGGGGGCAUCCACUGUUUGAGCACGCCACCUCAGAGUUUGAUCAAGAUGAAGUCAUUGUCACAUUGAAAUAAUGUAAAUAGAAGUUGAUUGAUUGACACUGAUUCGGCUUGAAACAGCAUGUUAAACUUCUGUGGACAGUAGAUUUGUGUUAAAAUAGGUAACAUGUAUUUCUUUGGUCAGAUCUGGGCAAUGAUCAGCAUCAGUGACACUUGGUGGUGCUGCUGAGAUGUUGUCUUGUGUACAAGUCAACAUGAUUAACUUAGACUGCAAUGCAAAACAAACAUUAGUAGAAAAUGAGCUUUGACUUUAUUCACAUGACAGUUUAGAUCUUGGAUAUGUGUGUGUUUGUGUAUAUACAUUUUUUAGUGGUGGCAGUCACAAUUUAGUCAAACAGUAUAAAGAAUUAUUAAAGUUUAGAUUAUUUGAAACUGAUUAAGCUUUAAAGUAAUCCUAGAAAGCCUCGCCACAGAAGUAGAUGGAGAGAUUUGUUUCUAAAAAUCGAUUUUUCAGACUGACUAGAUGUCAAGACUUUCCAGCAAAAUUGAAUCAAUCAACUUACAGAAAUGUAA